AUGAAGUUAUUCGUAAUUUUGAGUUUGGUAGGAUGUGCGUUAAGUUUUCCUCGGGGUUUCGAGCCCAUAGAGGUAGACUACCAUGGCCAGCAGGGUAUCCCCAUGGCCAAUUACCUACGCAACGCUGAAGCGGCUUCUGACUUCGACGGUGCAAGAAUCGUGGGUGGAACACCAGCUCGGCUCGGCGCGCACCCUCAUAUCGCUGGUCUUCUUGUAGAUCUAAUACAGGGAGGAACUUCAAUGUGUGGCGCUUCUCUACUAUCAAACACUAAGCUAAUAACUGCUGCCCAUUGUUGGAGAACAACUAAUUUCCAAGGCCGCUCCAUGAUAGUAGUUCUGGGAACCCUUCGCAUCUUCUCCGGCGGUACCAGGAUCACCACUACCAACAUUCAACUGCACAGCAAUUACAACCAGAGAACUUUGAACAAUGACAUCGGCAUAAUUACAAUUAACCGUGUUAAUUUUAACAACAAUAUACGCGCUAUUGCUCUUCCUUCCGGCCUUUUGGAGCACAUGACAUACGUCGGCAACCGUGCUACAGCCGUGGGCUACGGCAGACUGCGAGACGGUGGCUCCAACAACAACGACGCGUUACACCAAGUGUCAUUAACCGUAAUUGAAAACUUUGUGUGCACUGACAUUUAUGGGCCAAAUAUUAUCAUCCCCUCUACCCUCUGCACUGACACACAAGGCCGCAUUGGAACCUGCCAAGGCGAUUCAGGAGGUCCUCUUGACUUCUCUUUCCAAAACGUGCGAUACCUGAUUGGUGUAACAUCAUUCACAUCACAACGCGGUUGUCAAGCUGGUUUGCCAGCUGGUUUUGCUCGUGUCACUUCAUUCCUACAAUGGAUCAGAGCUCGUAUAUAA